UCGAUUAAACCGAUCAAACUCGCAACAGAGAAUGGCGAGUAAUGCAGGUGUGGAGAACAAGCGGACCGGAAACAGUAAUUUGUCCUCUAUUUAUGGAAGGGUGCCGACAGUAGGAACGGACAAGAUGAAAGUCACAUUCUGCACGGACAUGGACAAGUCCGUGAUAGUCUACAAUUUUGAAAAAAGAGGCUGGACUCAAGUCGGCCCCGAGGACGACUGGAAUUUUUACUGGGCCGUCACGCAGUCGUGUCGAUCCAUCUUCAGCGUGGAGACUGGAUACAGAAUGGGAGACAACCAGACCAUCAAUCACUUUCCAAAUCACUAUGAACUUACGCGAAAGGAUCUGUUGGUAAAGAACAUAAAGAGAUACCGAAAGGAUUUGGAAAGAGAAGGAAAUCCCCUGGCUGAAAGAGGAGACGGCCCAGGAAAAUACCUCCACCUGGACUUCAUACCUGUGACUUUCGUGUUGCCUGCAGACUACAACAUGUUCGUGGAAGAAUAUCGCAAGUCGCCCCAAAGUACGUGGAUCAUGAAGCCUUGUGGAAAGUCGCAAGGGACGGGAAUAUUUUUAAUAAACAAAUUAAGCAAAUUAAAAAAAUGGUCCCGCGAAGCGAAGAACCCAUUUAAUCCAAACCUCACCAAAGAGUCAUAUGUGAUAUCAAGGUACAUCGACAAUCCACUUUUAAUAGGUGGAAAGAAGUUCGACCUCCGCCUGUACGUGUUAAUUACUUCGUUUAGACCGCUGAAAGCCUAUUUAUUUAAACUGGGAUUUUGCCGCUUUUGCACCGUUAAAUACGACACCAGUAUACAAGAACUGGACAACAUGUAUGUGCACCUCACUAAUGUAUCUGUACAAAAGCACGGGGACGAGUACAAUAGUCUGCACGGUGGGAAAUUAAGCGUUCAGAAUCUUCGACUGUAUCUGGAGAGCACUCGUGGAAAAGCUGUAACGGAAAAGCUGUUUUCCAACAUUUCUUGGUGUAUCGUGCACUCGUUAAAGGCCGUGGCCCCGGUAAUGGCAAAUGACCGUCAUUGCUUUGAAUGUUACGGUUAUGACAUAAUAAUCGACAACAAAUUGAAGCCCUGGCUUAUCGAGGUGAACGCUUCGCCGUCUUUGACGUCUACCACAGUAAACGAUAGAAUAUUAAAAUACAAAUUGAUCGACAACAUAGUAUCAAUUGUAGUACCACCGGAUGGUGUACCUGACGUAAGAUGGAACAAAUGUCCGUCUCAGGAAGCAAUGGGAAACUUCGAGUUAUUGUUAGACGAAGACUUGGCUGCCCAGGAAGAGAGAGACAACCCAACUGGAAAGUCUAGGGCUUCGAACAAAUGGAAAUGAAAAAAAGCCCGACGGCCAAGGCCGAAGAAAGCUCCAAAGGACACUUUAAAAGCACCGAAUCCUGUAAAUUGAACGGUACAAAUUCCCACGGCCGAGGUUUAUAAAAUACUUUUCAAAAGCUUUAGACUCGUUACCCCAACCGUGAGAGUGAGAUUCGCGUCAAGAAUGUAUAUACGAAGAUUUAAAUAAUCGCGGGGAG